AGUAUCAAAAACUGUACAGAAUUUUCAGGUAGUGGUCGUGUGGUGUUUCUUACAUACGUUCGUUUCAAACAGUUUUAAAUAUGAUUGUAAGGUUAUAACAAUGACUUGUAGAGUGUUGUUUUCUUUUUUGUUUUUCGUGUUAGUGUUGCGGCUGAGCAAUGCGAGUGAAGACAGAUGUGUUGAAAUAAAUUGCGUCGGAAAAGAGUAUGAAUGCAGAGACGACCAAUGCUACUGCGCAACUGGCUACGUGCCCAACUACUUGCAAAAUAAGUGCAUCAGAUGUCCUGGCUUGGGAGAGAAAUGUCUGGGGCCCUGUUGCAACGUGCACGGCAAUGGGACGCUCCAGUGUUGGCAGGGAAUAUGCCAGCCAUGUUAUGACAGCUUCGGUGAAUGGACAUGCAGGGAGUCCCUAGAACAAAUCCUUCUGGUUUCUAGUACACAGGUGAUCAUGGGUGCCGCGCUGAUCCUCGGGAUUAUCGCCACGUUCGUGCUGCUCUACAAACUGUGCGCUGCUACUGAUUUGAGAGCACUUGGGACCCGCAGCAAUGGGGACGGUCGACUUUCAAUUGGCAGUCUUCAGUUAUACGUCGAUGAAAGAUUGCGAGAUGCGCCGCCAAGAUAUUCGCGAACGCCAGCGGCUGGCACGGCUACGUAUCCUGCCAUCGCUUUUCUAAAUGCUGGAUUUAUUCACGACAGCAGUAUUCCGCCUCCACCCUACACAGAAGACGACAAAACAGACGAACGUACACAACAAAACACAACUGUGCACAUAUAGUAAAACAUUAUAAAAAUGUAGGGUAGUUGAAAACAACCGCUUCUCAAAUACAGUACUUAAUGCUAUAGGCUUAUGAUUGAGAUUCAAACGAACUUUAAGGCUGAUUGCAGGUUAUAAAAGUGCCUUAAAUUUAAUUGCCUAACUUAUUUCGGCCAUAGCGUAAAUAUAACCUAGUACUUAGUAGUAAUUAAUAGUACACUAUUCGUAUUUUCCUAAGCAUUUUGCCAAUUCAAUAUUUGGAAAUCAGUACUGGGCAGAACACUCACGGUCAAUACAAUUCAUUGGCUAUUGUAAAGAGCGGAAUUAGAACCCUUGGCAUAGAUCCAAAGAUAAUAUUUCUAGUUGUUCUCAAUUAACUACACUUUUGUAUAAAUUCCUCAUGUAAAAUAAUUAAUGCUAAGUUUUAGUAGGUAAUGUAUAAAGUAUAUGUAAGUGUUUUUUCUGUUUAUAUUUUUAUUAAGUA